AUGCCACCGCCUAUGCCCAAUCCCGCGAAGCGGUUCACUGCAAAUCCCGCAAGACCCGUUGGAAGGUAUCGUCCGGGCAAGCCAGUUGCGGAGCAAGAAUCCUCUGACGAAGAAGAAUCAGAGGAGGAGCAGCCAAGUCAGAAACCACCGCAGAGAAGACCGCAGCCGUCCCGACCGCAGCCCGCAAAGCCCCAGGCACAGAGACAGGAAGAGAGCGAGGAUGAGGAUGAGGAAGGAUUUGUUACAGACGACGAGGAUGGCACCACUGCCACGGCGCCCAAAGUGGGAACACCACAGAACAAGGCUCCAGCUAUAGGCUCGCGGUCGGACACUGCAAGGCAAACAGACAUCAAACAGGAGUCUGAAGACGAGGAAGACGAAUCCGAAGACGAAUCCGAAGAAGAGGACGAAGAAGAGGACGAAGAAGAGGACGAAGAAGAGGAAAGUUCCGAAGACGACGCCCCUCGGCGGAAGUUCCAACGUCCUACGUUUAUCAAGAAAUCAGACCGAAACCUAUCAGCUACCCCACAAGCCUCCAAUGCUACACCCGAAGCGAUCACAAAUGGCACGCCUGCUCCCGACUCCGAAAUGGACACACAAGCACGGCGGCUUGCACAAGCAGAACUUCUUAUAAAAGAUAAACUCGAACGAGAUGCAAUUGCUCGCGCGCAAGGGAAGAAGGCAUGGGACGAUGACGACGACGUCCUCCCCGAAUCGAUGGUAGAUGACACAGACGGCCUCGACCCUGAAGGCGAGUAUCAAGCCUGGAAACUCCGCGAGUUGAAGCGUCUGAAGCGAGAUCGCGAGGCCCUGAUCGCACGAGAGAAGGAAAUCGAAGAAAUCGAACGGCGGCGGAAUCUUACUGCGGAAGAACGUGAAAAAGAAGAUAAAGAAUAUCUCGAGAAACAAAAGGCCGAGCGCGAGGAGAAUCGCCAUGAAGCUUCAUACCUAGCUCGGUACCACCACAAAGGUGCAUUCUUCCAAGGCGACGAAGCAGCGGAAAUCCUGAAGAGACGAGACGUCAUGGGCGCACGCUUCGAAGACCAAGUAUCUGACAAGUCCGCGCUACCAGAAUACAUGCGCAUACGUGACAUGACUAAACUAGGCAAGAAAGGAAGAACGAGGUACACGGAUAUGAAGAACGAAGACACGGGCCGAUUUGGUGAGGACGUAAAGAGAUGGCGAGGAAGUGGCGGUGGAUCUGGCGUUGGUAGGAACGGUGAUUCCGUCAUGAGAGGCGUCGACGAGCGGUUCUUACCUGAUGAUCACCGAAGCGGAGGGACGCCUGGCCCAACGGGUGCAAAUGCGAGUGUUGUUGCAUCACGACGCGAGAGAGGUCCAGACUAUGAUAGGGACAGGGAGGGCGACAGAGAUGAGUAUCGAGACUCAUAUCGUUCCCGAGACAGAAGCCGGGAUCGGAGAGAUGAAGGCCGCAGGCGAGAUCCGGAUAAAGACAGGCGGAAACGCUCAUACUCUCGAUCACGAUCUCGUUCCCGGUCGCCUCGAAGACGGAAGAGAGACCAUUCAUACGAGCGAGACCCGAGAGAACGCGACGACUACCGCCACAGAGACGGUGUCAGAGCUUGA